AUGAGCCAUAUCAUGGACUGUGCAAAACGGCGCGGAUAUCUCUCUCGCCCACUCGAUGAUCCUACCCGAGAGUCUAAUGCGGAGAAUCGUGUAUGGACGUUCUUUCGAUGCCGUCAGAUAGACUGCACGUUCGAGCCCGUUCUAUCCAACGACUUCGAGUUCGUGGUUGCUCUAUACUCGAACUACGAUCAGCUUGAGAGGCAACUCGUUGAGGAAGAUGAGGAGCAUUGUCUGCGUCUCAUACGAAAAGAGCUUGGAUUGGGAGAUCAGCAGCCGAAGUGGUACUGGGACGAGAUCAAGUCUGGGACGUACUAUACUGCGCCGUUGGAUGAAUACAACGUUCCGAACUUGCACUCGGUCACAGUGCCAGUUGUAGACGACGACUAUCAGCAGCGUUAA